AUGGGUGCCGUCGGUGAUCUAGCUCCUGCCGGUAACAUUGAGAUUACCUAUGGCAAGCCUGGGUUCAAGGGGCUGUUUGAUGAGCCGUAUCUACUCUUCCUGGCGUGCUUUGCCAGUAUUGGAGGCGUCUUGUUUGGUUACGACCAAGGCGUUAUCAGCGGUGUUUUGGUGAUGAACAACUUCGGCUGGAUGGUCUCCGUCCUCACAUUAGGAGCCAUGUUCGGAGCUUUGGUGAACGGCCCCAUUGCCGACGCCCUCUCGAGACGAUGGUCAAUUCUCCUAGCGAAUGGCAUCUUCCUAGUCGGCUCAAUUAUCCAAGCGGCUUCGGUUAAUAUUCCCAUGAUCUUCGUCGGCCGUUUCAUUGCUGGGCUGUCAAUUGGGCAGCUCUCCAUGGUGGUGCCGUUGUAUAUUAGUGAAAUUGCGCCGCCUAACCUACGCGGUGGCCUUACUGCUCUUCAACAGGGUGGGAUUACGUGUGGAAUUAUGAUCUCCUUCUGGCUGAAUUAUGGCACGCAGUAUAUUGGCGGGACGGGAGAUGGCCAGUCCCCUGUUGCAUGGCGUCUUCCUCUUGCUUUGCAGUGCCUGUUCUCUCUGAUUCUUGGAGGCGGUACUUUCUUCUUGCCAUACAGUCCCCACCGCGAAGACGAAGCAUUAUCUACUCUGUCUCGAAUCCGCCGCGUCUCCCAAAGCGACUCUCGAGUCCAGAACGAAAUACUCGAGAUUAAAGCCACGGCCAUGUUCGACCGAGAAACAACCGCCGCCAUGUAUCCCGGCAUCACAUCCCCUGUCCGUCUGGGCUACGAGCGAUAUAAGUCACUAUUUGUUCUACGCCAUCUAAACCACCGACUAUUCAUCGCAUGCCUGCUUCAAUUAAUCCAGCAGUUCACCGGUAUCAACGCGAUAAUAUACUACGCGCCCCAGAUCUUCGAAAAUAUAGGGUUAGAGGGCAGUUCGGUGAAUCUACUGGCUACCGGCGUGGUAGGGAUUAUUAACUUUGUCUGUACAAUCCCUGCUAUCCUGCUUCUUGACUACUACGGACGCAAGACGCUGCUGCUUAUCGGGGCUGUGGGAAUGGGGAUUGCCCAGCUUAUUGUGGCUACGAUUUACGCUGUCUACAAGGAUUCGUGGGCCUCGCAUACUGAUGCAGGCUGGGCGGCUGCUGUGUUUAUCUGGGGGUAUAUUGCAUGCUUUGCAUUUAGCAUUGGGUGCAUUAACUGGAUUAUCCCGUCUGAGAUCUUUCCGCCGGGUGUUCGUGCUCAGGCUGUGGGUAUUGCCAUUGGUGUCAACUGGCUUAGCAAUUUCAUCGUCGCCCUCAUCACACCUAGAAUGCUGGGGACGAUUAGAUUCGGCACAUUCUACUUCUUCCUCGCAUUCUGCGUCUUCCUCUUCCUCUGGGUCUUCUUCUUCGUCCCCGAGACAAAAGGCGUCCGCAUGGAGCAGAUGGAUAACAUAUUCGGCGGCAACCAGGGCGAACAGGAUAUGCUGCGGAUGCAAGCGAUCCGGAACCAGCUGAGCCUUGCGAGUGGGGGGAAGGAUAUGGAGAAGCCGGAUGAUCAUAGUGCGCAUGUGGAGGAGGUUGAGAGGGGUUAGAGUUAGACUGGAGACUAGAAACAGUUUGUAUGGUAGGGCUGGAGAGCACGCAAGGAAGGUGUCCUAAUUGGGAAAGAGCGACGCACUACAGGCUCCUUCCUGAUAUCAUUAUUCCAGUCCAUAAAGAUGUCUCCCCGAAC